AUGUCUGACGAAAUCGCCCACUUGAGACAAAAGGUCGCUGACCUCGUCGCCCGUAUCGAGGAGCUCGAGCAUGCCGCCGGAAAGAAGGUCUCCCAGGCCUUGACCCCCGCCGAGCAGCUUCGCAUGAUUUUGAUCGGUCCUCCGGGAGCUGGUAAGGGAACCCAGGCCCCUGCUAUCAAGGACAAGUUCAACGUCUGUCACUUGGCUACCGGUGACAUGCUCCGCGCCCAAGUCACCCAGAAGACUCCCCUCGGUGUCGAGGCCAAGAAGAUCAUGGACGCCGGAGGCCUCGUCUCCGACGACAUCAUGGUCGGCAUGAUCAAGUCCGAGCUCACCUCCAACCCCGAAUGCAAGCUCGGCUUCAUCCUCGACGGUUUCCCCCGUACUGUCCCCCAGGCCCACAAGUUGGACGCCAUGCUCGAGGAGAGGAAGGAGAAGUUGGAUCACGCGAUCGAGUUGCAGAUCGAUGACGCCCUCCUCGUUUCGCGUAUCACUGGUCGUUUGAUCCACCCCGCUUCCGGUCGUUCCUACCACAAGGAGUUCAACCCACCAAAGGUGGCCAUGACUGACGACAUUACCGGCGAGCCGCUCAUCCAGCGUUCCGACGAUAACGCCGAGACCCUCCGCAAGCGUUUGUCUACUUACCACGCUCAAACUGCUCCUGUUGUCGACUACUACCGCGCCAAGGGUAUCUGGUCUGGCAUUGACGCUUCUCAGUCUCCUAAGAUCGUUUGGGCCUCUUUGUCUGCCAUCUUUGCUAAGAAGGAGGUUGUGACUGGUGUUAAGGGUGCGAUCAACAAGGCUGUUGCUUUCGAGCACAAGAUUGAGGAGGCUGUUGGUUUGAGGAAGUAA